AUGCCGCCUCCUCCGCCCUCGUCGAAUAUCCGCGCAUUCGUGCAUUGGAAGGAGCCGACAGUCCAUGCCGGAGAGGACAUCGAAUGCAUCAUAACAUUUAAGAACAUCGCGCUGCCCCCCGGCAGUAGAGGGGAAGAGGAGGGGACACAGCCACCUGCCAGCGCCAAUGGGGGCGGGCAUGGGAGAAGAGCUUCGUAUAUGCCCUCGGCGACACAUAGCAGGAGGUCAUCUAUCGCGCAGGUGAAGCCAUCUGCUCUGUCAAGAGCGGCGUCCACUGCCAGUGCAAAAGGAGGGCUCCCAAAUCGAGGACAUCGCCCGGCAUUGUCGCUGAAUGUGGUCGGUGCACCAGCAAGAGCCACAAGUCUACAGAGCGCACAACUUUCGCAACAACAUCAACAGCUGGGCGCGGGACCGAAUAGCGCUGUGAGGCCGAGCAAAAGUCAUGGCAGAUCGCUUUCUAUCAUGUCGCUGGGCAGCGAGCCCGGCAGCGAGGGGAGACCACCAGCAACUGGGCCAACAACUGGCAAGAGAACGGGUAGAGUCCAUGCUCGUAGUGCGAGUCUGCAGCACCCACCCAGACUACUCGGCCAGUCACCAGCUUUGACCAUGCCAUCGCCUAGACAACCAUCUCCCUUAUGUGAGGCUACUACUUCCCCAGCCUUGCCAGAGGGACAAGCGAUGCCAUUAAGGCCGUCAAGGAGGCGACCUGGAACGGUAUCCGCGGAUCAGACACCGCAGCUAGGUCGCAAUCCGAGCAUGAGGAAGCCUCCGGCAACAGAUACAUCUGAUCCAGGCUUCAAUGGCUUCAAAUUCCCAGCAGUCGAGAAGACGUCGCCUCCCAACCACGAGUCCGGCCGCAAGCUCGUUCGCAGCCCGUCCAAUAUGCACUCAGGUCAGAAGAGGUCCCUUUCUCCGCGACCUCUAGACGGCUGGUCUGGGGCUAGCAAUUUGAACCCGAUCACGAGAGUCAUGUCAGAGACCUCUAACGAGGGGACUCCGCGAACGAGCAGCGAGUUGUACUCUAUGAGCAAUCAUAGCGAUGAGACGCUGACGUCGGAAUUGCCAUUGCAGCAGCAAUUUGGAAGGUUGAUUCCUAAGAUCACUCAUUCAAGACGACCUUCGCGGUCACCGCAGAAUAGGAGAGCUGAGCCAGAAACACUGAUGAUGGCAUACGUGAAGACAAUGGGAAAUUUCAGCCUAGAUGCAAGCCUGGUCAAUGCUGCCCCCUUCGAAGAAGUCAAGAGGAAAGGUGUUCAGGGUGGCGGCGGUGUUGUUGGCGUUGAGCGCUCAAAACGAUCAUCUGGUCUCUUCGGCGCGUUGAGCUGGGGCAACAUCGGCGAGUCACUCGGUGGUCUCCUUGGUGGCGACGAAAUGAGCUCGAUGGCGCAAAUGAAAGCAAGUGUGGGCACCAAAACCAUCCCGAUACUAUCGACACCGCAGAGUCUCCUCUUUGUCGACUUAAAAUUGGGCCCAGGCGAAAGCAGAAGCUACAACUACAGGUUCUCGCUUCCCCGAGGCAUGCCGCCCAGUCAUCGCGGAAGAGCAAUUAAAGUCUCGUACCAUCUGUCACUUGGAGUUCAACGGCCGGAAGGACAAGUCGUUAAGCAUGUCGAAAUUCCUUUCCGUGUCCUGGGUAGCUAUGACGCUCGUGGCGACAUGCUUGGUCACGACCUUAUGUCUCCUUAUGUGCUCAUGCAGGAUGCAGCUCGAACUACCACCAUCACGCUGGAUCAGUUGAGCUCUGGUUCAUUUUCGAAAUUCGCCAGCAAACGCGAGAAUAGAAAACAGAAAAGUCCCAAACAGGGCCUGGAAGACUUCCUUCGCUAUACUGAAAGAUUGAUGGAGACGCCGAAAGAUUCAAAUGGCAUUCUGUUGUCUCCUACCUCUCCGGCCUCUCCAGAUUCGUUACACCAGACCCUAUCAAGACAAGGGAGCCUUACCGAGAUGCAACCGACCAGCAUCAAGGAGUCCAUUGAUUUUGCGAUAUUACGAUCCAAUCUUGUCUCCAAAGCCGGCAAGGGAGCGGAAUCGCAGAGUGCCAAUCGUUUCAACAUUGCGCGUUCAGGCCAACCGGUAGCUAUACUUACAAUGUUACGGCCGGCGUACAGGCUCGGAGAAUCAGUCACUGGCAUUGUCGAUUUCACUGAUCGAUCUCCGGCAUCAGACCCCUCAUCACAAGCUCCCACUUACUCGGUGCUCGUGGAACUGGAGUCGGCCGAGCAAGUCGACCCGUCCCUGGCGUUAAGAAGCAGUCACUCCAUCAAUCGGGUGACGAGAAAAGUACAUGCUUCCGUGCGCGAGAAUUCCUUGUUUGCACGACAGGUUGGCUUCAACCUCAGCGUCCCAUCCAACGCGGCACCCACUUUUGAGACAACCGGAGUGAGUCUGGUCUGGAGACUGAGGAUCGAGUUCACGACUCAAAGACAGGUCCAAGGACUUGGAAUUGGCAGCGACGACUCCAAAGAGGAGCUAUUCGAAGAGACUGGAAGCGAUGAGAGAGGCACGACAUCCAUUGCCAAAGAGAGGCUUUCGGUCGACACCUUUGAGAUUGCGGUGCCACUCAAGGUGUAUGGAGCUGUUGGAAUUGACUCUGUGGGCUCUGCGAGCGAGCCGCUUCUUGUAUAG